CAGUGUUUUAAGAGUGCAAUCAUUUCAUCAUCAACCAUCUCUCAAGAUCACAUCACAUCCUUCUUAACGACUUAGCAUACCCGCAUUCAUAGAGCAUUCCCGAUUAUAUACAGCAAAACAUUCAUUCAUCAAGCAUAUAACAACACUUCUUCAUUCCGCAACGUUUAUUGAUGGCUGAGAAAUCCACUCUCACUACAUUCGAUCAAGAUGCAACGAUCGAAAGCGUAACAAUGACACAAAAAGCAGGUCAAAGCAGUACCGAAGCACAGAAUGACACCACUGCAAUCGAACAACCAUCCAAAAUGAAAGAAGUGAAAGAACAUCCUCUUUCACUUGAUGAAGAAAACGAAAGGACAUUACCGGAUAUUCCCUCCGCUUCCAAUGAUUCACAAUCACAGCCUUUACAGGCGGCUUUAACAACGCAAGAAGGAGAGGAGCAAAGCAAUGAUUCCGCUCAACGAACAUCAACACAAUUACGUUCAGAAAUGAUAUCUGAUGCAAUUUUGGCGGAUAUGAAUAGAAAUCGAAUUCCCGAAAAUGAUGGUGAAAAUGAAGCAAUCUCUGUCAGAAGGCACUUAUUGACUAAUGCUUGGGGCGGGUUCAGCAAUCUAACCCGAUUCAGAAAAUGGAUAUUGGUUUUACGUCUUUUGAUUGCAUUGGCACAAGUUGUGGUCGGUAUCGUGGUCCUUGCACUUCCAUCUUCUUUAGGGAACUCGUUCUCUUUUCCGGAAGAAUGCGAUCCGGAAGGCAUGUUUGUUUAUUUGACAUUACACUGUGCAAGAGUUUUGUGUUCUGUACCUGUCGAUCUUUACCUUGGACUAUCGCCUCACCGUUCACCUCGUGCAAGAAGGAAUGGCGCAGAUGGUCUACUGGAGCGGGAACGUAAUCGUCGAGUUGGAUCUUUGGGAUUGGAUAGAAAGAUGGGCAAAUUUGGCGAUCUUUUAGGAUUUUGCCAUAUUGUGCUAUUCAUCGUUGGAAAUUAUGUCGUUUGGACAAGUAUCGAAUGCAGUCAUCAACCUGCCGAUAGUAGACCGUUAUUCUUUACGUGCAUCGCAAUGCUCAGUAUAACGUACGUGAUCAUUUUGGAAGUUGCUCUUAUGGUAUUCUUGGUGGUAUUCUUCUUGCCUCUUUUGAUCGCUUGCCUAAGCGCUUUGGGAUUGUCACACCGAUUACCGCAACGAGACAUUCAUCCGGAGACAGGAAAGAUCAGUCAAGAUGACAUUGAGAAAUAUUCGAGAAUUGUUUAUUAUACACCUGCUGAAGGAAAUGAAGAGAAGAAGGCUGAAACAAUCACAAGAGCUCCAAUGAGCAAGGCGGAUUCAAGAGUCAAUUUCUUGGAAGGAGAAAGUGCGGAUCUUGCAUUGAUGAAUAUGGGCAACAAGACAGGACCAGCAGAAACGUCACUGACAAAUGCAAACGCAGAUGUAGAGGCUGCUGUUCCAGAGAGUGGUAGCGUGGAGAUUCCACCACAGACGCCUGCAGAACCUCAACAAGGAUCGGAUCAGAAACAGCAACCACAGAAGAGGAGACGAUUGGGACGCUUGAUCGGUCUCUCAAGAAGGGAAGAGUCAAGUGCCAGUCUAAAGACAAACAAGGUUGAGGAUGCCGGUCAAAGUGGCAUUGGUGGGAAUAUCAAGACAAAGUAUCCCUUAUAUCCUAUCCCCGCUCAUCGAGCCACUUGUCCAAUCUGUCUAAGUGAUUAUGAAGAAGUACGAUUCGGUGAGAGUAAAACUCAAGAAGGACGAUCGAGCAGAGAAGAAGGAGAAGGAGAAGAAGAAGUCCGUAUAAAUCCGGCUGAAGGUGAUGAUCGAAGCCGUCCGGCACACGAAGGUGAAGAAGAGGCCAAAGAUGAGAUCACAAAAGAAGCUACAGAAAAGACGAUCGAAGAGCCUGAACCAUUAAGGUUAUUACGAUGCGGACACGUGAUGCAUAAGCAAUGCGUUGAUCAAUGGUUAACGGCUGUUAGUGGCCGUUGUCCGGUUUGUCAAAGAGCGAUCUUAUCAUCCGGAGACGAUGAGAACGUUGUCUGAUCAUAAAUAAUGAUCUGACCAACGUUUCCUGAGGAUGAAAAUUGAGGCCUCUCCGCAAUUUUAGUGUAUUUUUAUCAAACAUAUUCAAUUCUGUAUCCUGUUUUAUGACGUUAUAAAAAGAAAAUAUAUUUUCAUUUUUCAUUUAGCGUACUAUCAUUACUAAAAUAUGCUUUGUUUUGA